AUGCGAAUCCAAUUCUUCCUGGUCUUCUUUGGUAUUGUGGCUCUUGCGGUGGCUGCUUAUGCCGCUGCUGCCACAACCACACCUUCCGAUUCAUCCACCUCAAAUUCCACAACAACAAACUCCACAACCUCCAACUCGACCACGACCACACCUGCCUCCACUUCGAACUCCACGACCACUCCGGCUACAUCAACUCCUUCGUCCAGUUCAACCGAUACAAGCAGUAGCUCCUCCACUCCCAGUGACAGUGACGACUCCUCUUCCUCGUCCUCCGACACCACCGAGGAAGAGAAAAAACUGAAGAAAAGGAUUCGCAAGCUCCAGAGGCUGAGGCGUCAAGCCGCACGACGGGCUCGACGGGCAAGGCGUCAGGAGAUUAAGGAAAGGCGCCAGGAGAAGCGUGCUGGAAGGAGGCGCCAACGUCGGGGUUAA